AUGGCGUCGACGAAACAGCCUCCAUGGCAACAGCCACCCGCCCCGAAGAAGGACGUAGGGACCCCGCCAUUGAACAUUUACAACUCCUUGACAAGGUCGAAAGUGCCAUUCGUUCCCGUGGAUCUGGAAGGGAAGAAGGUCACUUGGUACGCGUGCGGGCCAACGGUUUAUGAUGAUGCACAUUUAGGACAUGCGCGCAACUAUGUGACGACGGAUAUCAUUCGGCGCAUCAUGAAGGACUUCUUCAAAUUUGAUCUGAAGUUUGUUAUGAAUAUCACUGAUGUCGAUGACAAGAUCAUUCUGCGCGGACGACAGAGACAUCUCCUACAAGAGUUUAAAGCGAAACAUCCUACCUUAGACCAGGCCCUCCUAGAUGCCACGAAAGACGCACUCGACACAUACACCGCGAAGAAUCUCCCUCUUUUACCGGAGAACCUCGCACCGGAUCAAUAUCAGGAAGCGGUUGUGACGCAUUAUGGAGGAGUAUUGGAAGGGAAGGCUCUUGCCGACGACGGAAGCCCGCCCGGAGACAAGGAGGCGAAGUUGAAGAUGCACCUCAAGACCGUCACGUCUGCCUCGGUGGCACUUAGGAUCGCUAUGGAAGACCCCAGUGCCAUGGUGGUGGGCGAUUUCUAUGCGCAGACCGACGACACCUUGCUGCUGUAUCUGGACAAGCUCUCCGGAGCCUUGAUCGACGCCAGCGACCACUCCAUCUUCACCAAGCUGACCCAAGAAUAUGAGCGACGCUUCUUCGAGGACGUCGGUGCGCUGAACGUGCUGCCUCCGGACGUCCUGACACGAGUGACCGAGUACGGCGACGACAUCGUCAAGUUCGUCGAGAAGAUCGUGGACAACGGAUUCGCCUACGUCACCACCGACGGGAGCGUGUACUUCGACAUCGCCGCGUUCGAGAAAGCCGGGAACUCGUACGCGAGGCUGGAGCCGUGGAAUCGCGGCGACAAGGAUCUGCAGGCAGACGGCGAAGGGGCGCUGAGCAACACGAACGCAACGAAGCGAUCGGAGGCCGACUUCGCGCUGUGGAAGGCCUCGAAACCGGGGGAGCCGUCGUGGAAAAGCCCGUGGGGUUCGGGCCGGCCGGGUUGGCAUAUCGAGUGCUCGGCGAUGGCGUCGGACGUGAUCGGGGAGCGGAUGGAUAUCCAUUCGGGAGGGAUCGACCUCGCGUUUCCUCACCACGACAAUGAAAUCGCGCAGAGCGAGGCGCAUUGGGCGAAGGAUGCGGUGGACAGCUGCAGGAAGCCGAAUCAUCAGUGGGUGAACUACUUCAUGCACAUGGGGCAUCUGUCGAUUCAGGGGUCGAAGAUGUCGAAAUCCUUGAAGAACUUCACCACGAUCCGCGAGGCGUUGAGCAAAGGAGAGUGGACCCCGCGUUCAUUGCGGAUUGUUUUCCUGCUGGGGAAUUGGAAGGAUGGGAUCGAGAUCACGGAAGACCUGGUGAAACAGGGCCAGGCGUGGGAAGAGAAGGCCACGAAUUUCUUCCUGAAGGCGGUGGACAUUCAACAUCAUAUGCAGGGAUCCCAGAGCAAGGCGGAGGGUGCGGACAGCGCCGUUGAUCAAGAGGGGAGCGCACUCCAAGAGAAGAUCAAAACCGUCCGUCAAGAGGUCUACUCCGCACUUUGCGACUCUUUCAACACGCCGCAAGCAAUGCGCGUUCUCUCCGAACUGAUCACAGACGUCAACACCGCCCUCACCUCCCCCUCACCCCCCUCCCAGUCUGACAUCCUCGCCGUCGCCCGCUACGUCACCGAAAUCACCAACAUCUUCGGCCUCAACCCCCAAUCCAACUCAACCGACGCCAUCGGCUGGGAAGGGAUCACAAUCCCCGCCCCCGCCAUCCCCUUCAUCUAUCCUCUCUCCUCCCUCCGCGACUCUGUCCGCACCUCCGCCCUCUCCGGCACCCCCACCACCACCCUCUCCACCCUCGUCUCCACUUCCCGCGACCAACACCCCGACGCCACCGCCAAACUGCAACCUGCCGCCUCCCUCCCCUACGCAGAAGCCUCCUCCCAAUUCCACGACGCCGUCGCCGCCCUCGCCGCGUCCUCCGCCCCCGCGAAAGACGUCCUCGCCCUCUGCGACCGCCUCCGCGACGCCACGCUCUGGGACCUCGGCAUCUACCUCGAGGACCGCGACGGGCAGCCGGCACUGGUGCGACCGCUGAACGCGGAGCUGCGAGCGCAGCGAGCGAGCAAGGCGGCGGCGGGGGAAGCGAAGUUGGCGGCGAAGGCGCGGAGAGAAGCGGAGGCGGAGGCGAAAAAACGAGCGAUAGAGGAGAAGGCGCGGGUGGAUCCGCGGGAGAUGUUUCGGAAUGCGGAGUGGAGUGAGUGGGAUAGGGAGGGGUUGCCGGUGAGGGAUGCGGAGGGAAAGGAGGUGAGUAAAGCGAGGGGGAAGAAGUUGAGGAAAGAGUGGGAGAGGCAGAGGGAGUUGCAUGAGGGGUGGUUGAAGGGGCGGGAGGGAAAGGGGGAGUAG